AUGACUGCUGAAUGCACAAGAUUUUUUCAGUCCCUCUACAGCGGAGCAACCUCGGGUGUGCCAAACCCCGCUUUCUGGGCACACAUCCCCCCGUCUUCACUCCCUACACGUCUCUUCAACCACCUGCAAGCUCCCUUCUCCCUUCUGGAAAUCACCCGGGCCAUAGGGCAACUAUCUCGCGGCAAAACUCCCGGCCCUGACGGCAUCCCGGGCGAGCUUUUCCGACAAUACAAAACCCGUUUUGCUCCUGCCUUCUUCUCGCUUUUCUCCUCACCGCUCACCGCCGCCUCCCUGCCGCCGUCCAUGCUUUCAGGUCGCACUGUCCUCAUUCCUAAGAUGGGAAAUUUCUCCUUGGUAGAAAACCUCCGCCCUAUUACCCUCAUGAACUCAGACUAUAAGGUACUAGCCCUCUGCCUCGCCAACCGGCUGCAACUCGCUCUACCUUUGAUUAUCCACCCCUCUCAGACCGCGUUUAUUAAAAACAGGAGGAUUGGUGACACGAUCAAUGAUACCCUCGACAUAUUUGAUUGGAGCACUACCACUAAGACCCCCCUGCUUGCCUUAACUAUUGAUUUCCGCAAAGCCUAUGACCUGGUUGACCGCGCCUUUCUUUUCCAUACGAUUGCUACGCUGGGACUUCCUGAGCACUUCAUCGCCUGGGUCCGCCUCAUGCACACCAAUACCUCCACCCGCAUCUCUGUUAACAAUCUUGCCGGGCCCACGUUCCCUGUUCGAACGGGGGUACGACAGGGAUGCCCUCUCGCCCCCCUCCUAUUUGUGUGUGUCAUCGAAAUCUUUCAACGCUACCUAUCCCUCUUCCUCCCAGGGUUUCCCCUCUCUACGACGCAACGCCGACUUAUAGCUUGCUACGCUGAUGACGUCACCAUUUUCCUCUCCUCCGUUAGAGAGCUUGGGACCACGCUCAUACACCUCCGGACCUUCGCCGCCGUCUCUGGAGAACACCCCAACUGGAACAAAUGCUCAAUCAUCCCCUUCUUCAUUGCUCCAGAACAGAUCAUCCUUGCUGGCCCCAUUCCCAUUCGCACUCCUCAAGAGGCAGAACGUAUCCUUAGUGUUUAUGUUGAACAAGCACAACCAGGCGCCACUACCUGGUCCAUGACCCUCUCUCGUGUUCAACGUACGGCUAAGCUCCUUGCCGCCCUUCGUGCCACAGCUACCUGCCGCAAGUCACUUGCAUCGGUUUUCUUAAACUCCAUUCUCUCUUUCCCUGGCCGCUUUCAAACCCCCUCCUCCGAUAUUAUUCAACGGCUUGACGUCCUGGUCGGGAACUUCCUUUCUUCCUCUUGUUUCAAAGAACACGGCCUUGCGGUCCGCCUCAUCCCCAAUCGCCUCCUGUACAAUUCCACCCGUCAUGGAGGCCUCGGGGCGAUCGCUCCUUCCACCCAAAUCCGCGCUCUAGCCUCUCAUCGUGCGCUUCGUCGCUUGGCGCCUCACCAUCAGAGGAAGUGGCGAGAGCCGCCGUCUGCCUCCCUUUUGGCACACACUGUCUCUUAG